AUGGAUUAUUCAAAGAAGUUUAUUAUGAAGGGUCAGAAAAAGCAAAAUAAAUAGAAACUGGAGUAAUAAGAAAAUGAAUUAAUUGAUGAAGUAGAAAAAGUUAAUUUGGAUGAUCAAGAAUAGGAAGAUACAGAUUAAAACGUAUAAAUUAAGGAAGGAAAUGUUUAAGGUGAUGAUUGUAUUGAAGUUGGUACUGUAGAAUCGAAUGAUUUUUAAUAAGAAUAAGAAUAAUAGUAGAAAGAAGAAGACUAAUUAGAAUAAUAAGAUGAAUAAUAAUAAGAAUAAUAAUUAGAAUAAGAUGAAUCAAAUAAUGAUAAAUAAACUCAAAAUAAAGUGGUUAAACCUGCUGGAUGUAUAAAAAUUAUUAAGAAAAUUAAAUAAAUUACUCAAAAUGGAGUCAAAAUGAAAUAGAUUACAUAUGUUUUUAAAAUGAAAGAUGGAACUGAAUAAACAUAAAUUAUAUUAGAAUGA